GGUAGGAAUUACUAAUUACGUCGUUUUUUAUUGUGAAUGUCAAAUCAGCUGAUGUCUGUGUACCGUGGCGAAUGGCCAUCUAAGCCAAACGUGCUUUUGGCUCAGUUGGUUUGUGCUCAAUUUUGUUGUGUUUUUAUCUGUCGGUUGAAUAAAAUGGGUAAGGAACAAGGACGCAAACGAUUUCAGUCGAAGCCUUACAACAAAAACAAUUGGCGAGGACAGAAAAAAGAACGUUUACAACAUAAUUCCGGGAACUCAUUCAACAGGACUUUGCAGCCUAAAUCAACAUUGCGCGAAAACCAAGUGGGCAUUACAGAAUUUACCAACCCCGACUUACCAGGUUUUACGGGUGUUCUAAAGUCACGCUUCUCCGAUUUCCAUGUGAACGAAAUCGACAGCAGUGACAAUGUGCUUGUGCUGAACGAUCUAAAAGUACCAACACGUGUGGACACCUUACCAUGUGUUGCGCCAGAGCAAUUGGAUGAAUGGCGUAAACAAUUGGAGUCCGUAGUGGGGCAGAAACAUUGGCAAGAUAUGGCAGAUCUAGCUGCAGCAAAUUACAAAAUAAGCAGCGAGCAGGUGCUGGAAAUUGAUGUUACCAAUAUCGAUAAAGAACAACGUACUCAAAUACAUCAGUUGAUCAAACAGUUCUAUAAAGGCAAACUAAUCUCCACAACUCUUGGACAAUCACAGCCACUACAACAGCAACAGGUGCCGUCUGAAGCUGGAGAGGAAAAGAGGACGAUACGUAUAAUGAAACCGAAGCCGGGACGCGGUGACAAUCGAUGGAGUUUUCCGGCCGAGUUUGUAACCUUUCUGGUGCAUAAGACGAACACCGAUACCAGUGAGGUGGCUGCCACGCUAGCUGCUCGUCUUAAUUUGCGUCCGUCUCAAGUCAACUACUGUGGGACCAAGGAUAAACGUGCCAAGACCACUCAGAACUUUUGCAUAAAACGCCGUUCGCCCGAGAGCAUUGCAAACGCUGUGCGUGGCAUGCAGAAUGUGAACAUUGGUAACUUCAAGUUUCAGACCACAACGCUUAAGUUGGGAGACUUGAAUGGCAAUCAUUUUCGCAUUGCUUUACGUCACAUCACCGAGGAUCCUGCGAAAGUGGAGAAAGCGCUUCAGUCGUUGCGUGAACGCGGCUUCAUCAACUAUUAUGGGCUACAACGAUUCGGCAAUAGUGCAAAUGUGCCGACCUAUGAAGUGGGAAUUGCGUUGCUCAAACGUGAUUACAAACUGGCCUGUGAACUGAUACUAAAGCCCCGUGAUAAUGACAUUGAAUUUAUGCGUUCAAUACGCGAGACAUGGUGGAAGAAUCGAGACUCUGCUGCCGCAUCUGCAAUGUUUCAUGGGGAUAAGUUUAUAGAGAAAAAACUGCUGGAUGGCUUGGCCAGGUUUGGGGAACAUGACUACGCAGCGGCUCUGCGUCGUAUUCCACGGAAUAUGCUACUUCUAUAUCCACAUGCUUAUCAGAGUCUAAUAUUCAAUCGGAUUGCAUCACGACGUAUUCGAGAGUUUGGAAUGAAAGUGAUUUGCGGCGAUUUAGUGUAUGUGGACUCAAAUGAAACUGAAAAUCAAGCUAUGGGCGGCGAAUCAAUUAAUGCUGGGUCGGAAGAAAAGCCGUCCGAAGAAGAUGCGAUUACUGCAGAGAUUACAGACGAGGACAAUCAGCUUGAUGGCGAGGAAUCAAUUUUCAAACGCAAAGUCAGAUCCUUGACUGCAGAAGACGUGGCCAGUGGCACAUACAAGCUCACUGAUGUGGUACUUCCACUGCCAGGCUACGAUAUCACUUAUCCGAGCAAUGAGUGCAGCACUUGGUACGAAGAAAUGCUUGCCGAAGCGGGCCUUUCCUCGGAUCUACUGCGUCAUAAGGACAAAACCUAUGCUCUAGGCGGUGCUUAUCGAAAAUUACUAAUACAGCCGAGCGAUUUGAAAUGGGAAUUCCGUCGCUAUGGCACACCAGAAGAUACCUUAAUUGCAUCUGACUGGGAGCAGCUGAACCAUAUUCCGGUAUCGCCUGUGCCCGCCGAACCAGAAACCAAAUAUACGGCACUACUGUUGGAAUUCUCAUUACCCACUGCGGCAUAUGCGACAAUGCUAUUACGAGAAUUGCUGAAAUUGGAUACCUCUACAGCAAGUCAAAUACAACUGGAGCAGAAUGCUUUAAAAAAAACUGAGAACGAUACUCAACCUAAAGAUGAUGACAAAGCAGAAGAAUUUGCUGAAGAAAGCAAAAAGUUAUGUGAGGACACGGCUGUUGAACUUAAGGAGUCGCGCAUUGAAAAUCAAUAUUUCGUAUAAAAUCAAUUUUG